CCACAACGUCCCUUCUCUCGAGAUGAGACUCUCUUCUUCGCUCUGUCUAUCUCUCUUUGGAAUAAAGAAAAGAAAAAAGAGAUAAGGGGAAAGCAACUUUUAAUCUGAUUUUUGUGAGAGAGGAUCAUCAUUUCAUCACUCCGAGUGAGAGAGAGAGAGAGAGUCCCCAUAUGAGCAGAAGAAAGCAGUCAGAAUUUUUCAAUAAUUGUAUGUACCAAAUUCUCUCUAUUCUUCUCACUCUUUUGUUUUCAUUUAAAAGUUAUAUUAACUCUUACAGUUACACAACUUACAAAGCCGCACUGAAAUCCUCAUUUGCUUUAAUCUUCUCUUCUCUCUCUCUCUCUCUACUUACUCCUCCAUGGAAGCUACUGAGUUAUGAUCCUUGCCCUUACCGGAUCUGACGGCUCUUAAAACUAUGCUGAGAAACAAACCUAGAGCAGCCGUGACGAAGAAACAACAAGCAUCGUCGUCUCUAAUGGCUGAUCAACCCCCAGUCCCAGUCCCACCACCUUCUUCUUCUUCUUCAAAACUCAACAACACUUGCCACUCUUCAUCUUCUCUCUUUAGCUCCCCGAAGUUUAGGUUUUUUGCUUCAAAGAUGACUCCUCCUUUUGACUCUGAUUUCUCUCUCGUCAGCCCUACCUCGAUCCUCGAAGCUAACCCAUCAUUCUUCUCCUCCAAAAACACUAAACCCACUACCUAUUUCGAGCCCACGAUCCCUAAUCCCCAAAGGUUUCACCCACCUGACACCUUUGGCCUCGCCGAUCUCGUCAAAUACGGAGACAGUAACAGAGACCACUCGAGUAAACCUGUCAACAAGAUGGUCCUUUUCGGCUCUAAACUCAGAGUCCAGAUCCCAUCAGCUGAUUUUGGAACUAAAACCGGGAUGAGAUACCCUGCUCAUGGUCAUGGACAGGGACAGGGACAACUCAGUCCUUGUGUCCAGGCGAAGAAGGUCUUAGCCGUGAGCGAGGUUGACCAGACGGAGGACUACACGCGCGUCAUAUCUCACGGUCCAAACCCAACCAUCACUCAUAUCUUCGACAACUCUGUUUUCGUGGAGGCUACUCCUUGCUCUGUUUCUUUACCACCACCACUAGUAGCCAUGGCGAUGGAUACCACCAAGAACACGUAGACUUUCCUAAGCUAUUGCUUCACCUGCAAGAAGAAUCUUGACCAGAAACAAGACAUCUAUAUAUACAGAGGAGAGAAAGGGUUUUGCAGUAGCGAGUGCAGGUACCAGGAGAUGCUUCUUGAUCAAAUGGAGACCUAGCACCCCACUCUUCAUCUCUUCUAUUUUAAUGGUUCUUGAUUUUGUCACAGCAUCAUCCUCUUCUUCUUUUCUCUGUUUUUUUUUUUUUUUUUUUUUUUUUUUUUUUUUUUUUUUUUUUUUUUUU